GUGAACUGAGAAGGGGAAAAUUUCCUCUCGGUCCAGAUCCACAAAAACUCAGAGCUGAAAGCACACAGUGACACCAUGUUCAGGAUUUCUGUGAUAGUCUGCAUCUCUCUAAUAUUUGGCAUCACAGCGAAGCCAUAUAAACCCUGGGAAAAAAUUCCCGAUGCAGCAUACCAGGACACUGUUAUGUCCAUUGAUGCCAAAGGAAAGAUGUCUUGGGGUGUGGAAGUGGAGCCUCCACAGGACAUGGAUGAGACUGACUUUGACAUUGACCCAAGCAUGGCCAUCUGGAAGAGCAUGAUAGGCACUGGGCAGGAAGGACAGUACCUGAAGGCUGAAGAAGACAAGGAUGAGCUCUACCAUCCCUCCAUGGAGGAUCUCAAAGCUCAGAUCCAGACAGAUACAGAUGACAUCGGUCGUCUCGCUGAGCCUGAACAAGACUGGGAUGAAGUGUACCACGGAGCGAGGGACAUGCUAGACAGAUACUUUGCUCCGCUCGGGCCUAAAGUUGACAAAGACGUAGAGAUCCAUCCAGCACACACCAAGCCAGAGGAGGAUGAGGAUGACUUGUACCACAGUGACCCACGCUCAGCAGUGCAAGUGGAGCCAUUAGGACGUGAGUUCAGUGAAGACACCAAGGUCAGAAUUCACCUGGAGCCAGAGGAAGACAUGGACGACUUGUACCACAUGGACCCACUAAGACCCAUCCCUUACCAGGACGAUGCCGCCGCCAUGCCUGUUGACCAGCCCUCUCUGAGGAAGCACAGCGAACCAGAGGAAGACCUGGAUGAUUUGUACCACCACUGAUCCUGCAGCAACAACUCACCCUGUUUAGCUUCUUGUCAGCUACAGUCGAUAAACAGAGACUUUGCUAUAACAGCUGCAACAGGUAAAUACAGUGAAAAGAGUCUGAUGACUCCAUUAAACACUCCAACCUUAC